GUAGACUGUGAACGACAUCAGGAAAGAAAAGCUGUUUGUUAAUAAUGUGAAUCAAUUUGAUAACAGAUCAGUUUGAUGCUGCUGUCUACAGACAUAAUGGAUUUAUAAAAUUAAUGAAAUUUGUGAUUAAUGAUCUUCAUUUUUGAGACGACGCACUGACUGUGAAAUGAGUCUCUGUGAGAAAAGAGAGGAGGAGGAGGAUGUUCACUCACAUAAAGCAGCUUCUCCUGAACCCAGUUGUGUGUCUAUUAGAAGUGAUAGAUCUAUUGGAAAUCGACCUGAUCUCAGUGAUAGAGCAGUGACCUCUGACACAUUUGUGAUAGUAAAGAGUGAUGGUGUGAUUGGAUCAGUGAUGCCCCAUCUGACCUGCACUGACUCUGACCGUCAGACCCUCAUCAGGCAGAGAGUCAAAGACCAGCACAAAACCAGCAUGAAGAACAAGCAUGAGAGCUUAUGUGAGGGAAUCAGACUAGAAGAAAAUCAAACCCUCCUGAACAGGAUCUACACACAGCUCUACAUCAUAGAGAGAGAGAGUGAAGGAGUAAAUAAACAACAUGAGAUUUUACAGAUGGAGAAAACAGCCAGAACACAAGACACUCCAAUCUAUUGCAAUGACAUCUUUAAUCCCUUACAUCAACAAGGAAAUGAGAAAGGCAAAAUCAAGAUUGUUCUUACUAAAGGCAUUGCUGGAAUUGGAAAGACCGUCUCUGUGCAGAAGUUCAUUCUGGAUUGGGCCGAAGGAGAAGCAAAUAACGAUGUAGAUUUCAUGUUUGUGCUUCCAUUUCGAGAGCUGAACUUAAUUAAAGAUCACCAGUACAGUCUUCACAGACUUCUGCUGGACUUUCAUCCUGAACUUCAAGAUCUGGACUCAAAGAUUUAUGAGAAAUGUAAAGUUGUGUUCAUCUUUGAUGGUCUGGAUGAAAGCAAAAUUAAACUUAGGUUUUCAGACAGACAGAAAGUUUGUGAUGUGAAUGAAUCUUUAUCAGUGGGUUUGUUGAUGUCAAACCUCAUCAGAGGAGAUCUGCUUCCCUCUGCUCUCAUCUGGAUCACCUCCAGACCAGCAGCAGCCAAUCAGAUCCCCUCAAAAUACAUCAACCGUGUGACAGAAAUUCAGGGAUUCAAUGAGUCUCAGAAGGAGGAAUAUUUCAGGAAGAGAAUCAGUGAUGAGCAUCAAGCCAGCAGAAUCAUCUCACACAUAAGAAGAUCAAGAAGCCUCAACAUCAUGUGUCACAUACCUGUCUUCUGCUGGAUCUCAGCCACUGUUCUCCAAAACCUCUUGAAACAAGAUGACAGUGCAGAAAUCCCUCAAACUCUGACUGAAAUGUACAUCCACUUCCUGCUGACUCAGAUCAACAUGAGGAAUCAGAAGUAUGAUGAGAGAGGUCAGGAGAUAUCACUAAAGUUCAAUAGAGAUGUGAUUGUGAAACUUGCUGAACUGGCUUUCAAGCAGCUGAUGAAGGGCAAUGUGAUGUUCUAUGAGGAGGACCUGAUUGAGAGCGGCAUAGACAUCACUGAUGCCUCAGUGUAUUCUGGAAUUUGCACUGAGAUCUUUAAAGAGGAAUCUUUAAUUCAUCAGAGGAAAGUCUACAGCUUCAUUCAUCUGAGCUUCCAGGAGUUUUUAGCUGCUUUCUUUGUGUUUUAUUGCCUUGUAGUGAAAGAUAAUGCAUCACUGAAGUUGUUUCUAAAUGAUUUGUGGUACAGAUUUAGGGAUAAGUGUUUGUAUGUCCUAGUCACAUUAGCAGUUGAUAAAUCCUUACAGAGUGAAAACGGACACCUGGAUCUGUUCCUGCGAUUCCUGCUGGGAAUCUCUCUGGAGCCAAAUCGGAGACUCUUACAGGAUCUACUGACAGACACAGUGAAGAUCUCAAAGAGCAUCAGGGGAACCACACAGUACAUUAAAGGCAAACUCAAGGGUGAUGAAAAUAUUUUAGCUGACAGAUGCAUUAAUCUGUUCCUCUGUCUGCUGGAAAUGAAGGAUCAAACUUUGUACAGAGAGAUUCAGAAGUUCUUAAAACCAGAGAAUCUCUCAGAGAAACGACUCUCUCCGUCUCACUGCUCAACAAUCACCUACAUGCUUCAGAUGUCAGAGAAGGUGCUUGAAAAGUUUGAUCUGAAGAAAUACAACACAUCAGAUGAGGGCAGAAGGAGACUGAUACCAGCUGUGGUGAACAGCAAAAAAGCUGUACUGACAGACUGUAAUCUCACUGAUCAGUGCUGUGAAAGUUUGUCUUCAUCUCUACAAUCAAACUCCUCACUGAGAGAGCUGGACCUGAGUCACAAUGACCUACAGGAUUCAGGAGUGAAGCGUCUCUCUGAUGGACUGAAGAAUCCAAACUGUCAAGUCAACAUACUGAGAUUAUCUGGCUGUAUGGUGACAGAGGAAGGCUGUUGUUUUCUGGCUUCAGCUCUGAGUUCAAACCCCUCACACCUGAGAGAACUGGAUCUGAGCUACAAUCACCCAGGACAAUCAUUAGUCAAGCUGCUCUCUGAUCCAAACUACAGACUGGACAAACUCAACAUGGAUCAUGGAGGAGAGUCCAGGAUUAAAGCAGGACCACGGAAGUAUGCAUGUGAUCUCACACUGGAUCUAAACACAGUAAACACUCGUCUCAUUCUGUCUGAGAAGAACAGAAAGGUGACACAUGUGACAGAGAAUCAGCCGUAUCCUGAUCUUCCAGAGAGAUUUGAUAAAUGUCGUCAGGUUCUUUGUAAUGAGAGUCUGUCUGGAUGCUGUUACUGGGAGGUUGAAUGGAGCGGGUCUUCAGUUAAUAUAUCAGUGACAUACAAAGCAAUCGGCAGGAAAGGAAACGGUGAUGAAUAUUGGUUUGGAUUCAAUAAAAAAUCCUGGAGUCUGGCCUGUAGGAAUAGCAGAUUCACUGCCAGUCACAAUAAUAAAAGCACAGACAUACCUGUCCCUUCAAGCUCUAACAGAAUAGGAGUGUAUCUGAACCGGUCGGCUGGUGUUUUGUCCUUCUACAGCGUCUCUGACACAAACACACUCACACACUUACACACAUUCAACAGCAGAUUCACUGAACCCCUCUAUGCUGGAUUUGGAGUUUAUUCUGAUAGUUCAUUGUCUCUGUGUGAGAUUAAAUAACCUACAGUGAGAAACAACUGAGACAACAUUUGAGUGAAAAGAUGCUAACAUUUUUAAAAGUGUUUGUUUUUGAAAUUUUUGGUUACUGUAACACAUAUGACAAGCUAUAGGUGACAAUAUAAGACUUAUCCAUACUUAUCCAUAAUAUCUUUUUAAAUUCAUGGCAACGUAAACUAUGAUCAUAUGUGCUGUAGUGCAGUUGUGUUUUAUGCACUCAAAUACACAUAGUGCUAUUUCAUAUAAUGUUUAUUCAUAUAAAGUUUGCCACACAUAAUCAGAUUCUUCACAUCUGAUAGCCUAAACAAUGAGUUGUAUAUUGUACAUAAAACAAUAUUAUUGAAUUAUAUUGUUAAUAAAACAAAUGCUUAGUUGAGAAUGUCUACUACUAGUCUACUAAUCUUUAGCUGACAAUCAACAGAUAAUAAACUAGUGAUUUUGAUGGUUAAGUUACUUGUCUAUUGAAACUGAUGCACUGUUGUCAUGCUACUAAGUAAGUACUGAUAACUAGUAGAGUUGAUGGGCUAUCAAAGUAAAGUGUUACAAGAAAGUCAUUGUUACAUAUAAUCUUUGUGAUAUUUAUAUUCUGAGUCCCAUUGGUGACGUUGAGGGGAGGUUCCCAUUCCUAGAAAGUCACUAAAUAGGCUGCGAGGUGACAAUGUCUCUCUCUCUCUCCUGCACCACUUCCUAUUGUUCUCAUUGUUCUCUUUCAUCGCCUCUUUGGGGCUAUUUUUGUUAUUUUAUGCUUGGGUUUAAGCUGUGAUUUUGUGAUUUGAUAUCUAUUAUUCUUUGUUAUUUAAUCAGUAGCGAGUAGUUUAUUUAUUUAUUAGUUCACAUUUUGUUCAGUUAGUAAUAGCUGAGUGAGGGAAGCAGCUGACCGGAAGACUCACCUGUUUUAUUUUUAUUUCAGGAGUCAAAUAAAAACUGUUCUGAGAACAGGUGUAGUCAGUCGUUCUGCUUUCUUAGCUUCCCUACCUGUGAUCUGAUAUUCUUUCUUUGACACUAUUCAUUAGAUUAUGUUUGUAAAUAUUCUUUGUGAAUUGUCACGCUUUGAUAUUUAUGUUUGACUUAUUGAA